CUCGCCUCUCUCUCUCUCUCUCUCUCUCUCUCUCUCUCUCUCAUACACACACACACACUCACACACACUCACACAAACAGAUAAGCAAAUGGCUGAGAAGGUGAGGUUUUUCUGUUUGUGGGUUUUGAUGGUUAUGUUGAUGAGUAGUAGUAGUGCAGUUAUAGGACAAGGGGAAGGUUCAGAUGCAUUUGCACCAGAGGAGGCUGUUGGAAGCAGGAGGGAGAUUGUGCCUGCCUUAUUCAUUUUUGGAGACUCCCUCAUUGACAAUGGAAACAACAAUAACCUCCAGUCUUUUGCCAAAGCAAACUAUUACCCUUAUGGGAUUGAUUUUGAAGGUGGUCCUACCGGCCGCUUCUCCAAUGGCUACACCAUGGUCGAUGAAAUCGCUGAACUCUUGGGACUGCCCCUGAUUCCUGCUUACUCUGAAGCUUCUGGUGACCAAGUGCUUCAUGGAGUCAAUUAUGCAUCUGCGGCGGCCGGAAUCCUCGACAUCACCGGCCGGAAUUUCGUGGGCCGGAUACCAUUUAACCAACAAAUAAAGAAUUUCGAGAACACGCUGGAUCAAAUAACGGGCAACCUGGGAGCUGUGGAAUUGGCGCAGGCAUUGGGCCGAUCCAUAUUCUUUGUUGGAAUGGGAAGCAAUGACUACCUCAACAACUACCUCAUGCCCAAUUACCCGACCCGGAACGAGUACAAUGGCCAACAGUACGCUGAUUUGUUGAUUCAGCAGUACUCCCAACAACUCACUAGGAUGUACAACCUAGGAGCAAGGAAGUUUGUGCUGGCAGGACUGGGCCUGAUGGGCUGCAUACCCAGCAUCCUGGCUCAAAGCCCGAUUGGGCGAUGUUCAGACGAAGUGAACCAGCUUAUGAUACCUUUCAACGCUAACAUCAAGAUGAUGAUGAACAACCUCAGCGCCAACCUACCUGGUUCCCACUUCACUUACAUCGAUGUUCGCAACAUGUUCAACGAUGUCCUCACCAAUUACAGAUCCUACGGAUUUAGCGUGAUAAACCGGGGGUGCUGUGGGAUUGGAAGAAACAGAGGACAGAUAACGUGUCUUCCGUUUCAGACGCCGUGUCCCAACAGGGAUCAGUACGUGUUUUGGGAUGCAUUCCACCCAACAGAAGCAGUCAACAUUAUAAUGGGGAGGAAGGCUUUCAGUGGGGAUCAAACUGUGGUUUCUCCCAUCAAUAUUCAGCAGCUCGCCAACCUUUGAACAAAACUUAAUUGUGAGUUUUUUUCAAUCACUGUUUGCUCUACGGAAAUGAAGAUCUGGUGGUGUGGGAGAAGACUAGUAGCUAGGAUCGAAGUGUAGCAUACCAGGGACUCGAAGUGUUAGAGUGCGGUAUUAAAUAUGCUAUAGCUUAAAUUCCAUGACUUGAUGGUGUUUUUGUCAUUUGAGGUGUGAUUAAUUUAGCUUGAUUUCGUGUUAAA